GUAAACACUCCAGAAAAAAUCUGCUCAUUUCUGUUUCCAAAGUGCCCUAGCCGAGUAAAAUACUGCCGUUGUUUUAUUGCGUAAUGCCGUUUAAUAAUGUCUACGACCUCUAAGGUUGUUCUAGGAUUAUCGAUAGUUCUCACUUUCAGUACCGUCGCAGGCGUCCAUAUCAAGCAAGACUGGGAUAGACAGAGGUUGCGCGAGGGAGUGCUGCGGGAUCUGGAUCGCGUGGAGCGGAAGCGCGAGAACCUGCGCGCACUCGAGCAGCAGAUCCAGCUGACUAGAGAGCUCGCGGCCGAGCGAGAGAGACGAGAGACCGACACGGCGGAGACACACAACUCAUAA